CGACGUGUAGGCACGUGGCUCGGCUUCCUGGUGUGAAGCCGCAGCGGUGUGAUUAAAGGUCGUCGGGGUGUUUCUGAGUAACUACAGCGAGUCCGAGAGUUUUACUGAGCGCAGCUCACUGAUACAGCGCAGCAUCACAGGACAGGCGCACAGGAAGAGGAAGUCGAGAGAUCCGUGAUCAGUGUCAUGCUCCUUCUGCGUCGUUAUGGAUCGUAACGUAAACGGCGACGCAGACUCCUCGUCCGCGCCGGUGUACCGACUCGAGAGACCCGUGUUCAGCGAAGAACACCUCGACACCCAGCUGCAUAAGAAAGAACGGAGGCUUAAGCCUGUUCGACAGAGACUAGCGGACCGCUGCCGCUGUUCAUCCGAAAAAGCCAAAUCCAUCAUCUUCGGCCUUCUCCCCAUCUUCUCAUGGCUGCCAUCGUAUCCAGUGAAGGAGUAUCUGUUCGGAGACAUCGUUUCAGGUCUCAGCACAGGAGUCAUGCAGCUGCCUCAAGGUCUUGCCUAUGCGAUGUUAGCCGCUGUUCCUCCAGUCUAUGGCCUGUAUUCGUCGUUCUAUCCUGUCCUUCUCUACACGUUCUUCGGCACCUCCAGACACAUAUCGAUAGGCACGUUUGCGGUGAUCAGUCUGAUGGUUGGUAGCGUGGCGGUGAGAGAAGCGCCGGACUCCAUGUUCCCCCUGAACUCCACUAACGGGACGGAGCUGAUCGACGUGGCGGCUCGAGACGCCAGGAGAGUGCAAGUGGCCGUGGUCGUCACCGCGCUCAUGGGACUUAUUCAGCUGGUACUUGGCAUGCUGAGGUUCGGCUUCGUGGCGAUUUAUCUGACCGAGCCGUUGGUGCGAGGCUUCACCACGGCCGCUGCGGUACACGUGUUGGUCUCUCAGCUGAAGUACUUUUUCGGGAUUAAAACCCAGCGCUACAGCGGGCCGUUAUCGGUCCUCUACAGUCUCGUCGCCGUGUUUAAAGACAUCAGCAGCACUAACGUCAGUACGCUGAUUGUGGGACUGGUGUGUGUCGUCUUCCUCUACGGCGUGAAGGACAUUAACGAGCGUUUCAAAAAGAAGCUGCCCAUCCCCAUUCCCGGAGAGAUCAUCGUGGUGCUGGUCUCGACGGGGAUUUCGUACGGCAUGACUCUUUCGGAGAACUACCAGGUGGAUGUGGUGGGAGAAAUCCCCACAGGACUCCGGGCGCCGACUGUUCCGGAUUUCAGUCUCAUCCCCAACCUGAUCACGGACGCCGUGGCUCUGGCUGUGGUGGGAUUCUCCAUCGGGAUCUCCUUGGCUAAAAUAUUCGCUCUCAAAUAUGGCUACAGUGUGGACGGAAACCAGGAGCUGAUCGCACUGGGGUUGUGUAACUCUGUCAGUUCCUUUUUCCACACCUUCGCCGUCACCUGCUCGAUGUCUCGCAGUUUGGUGCAGGAGAGCACGGGCGGAAAGACUCAGAUCGCAGGGUUGUUGGCCUCCUUACUGGUCCUCCUGGUGAUUUUGGCGGUCGGGUUUGUGUUCCAGCCUUUACCCCAGACCGUUUUGGCUGCGAUCAUCAUGGUCAAUCUGCUGGGCAUGUUCAAACAGCUCCGAGACAUCCCUGCUUUAUGGAGAACAAGCAAGAUUGAACUGGCGAUUUGGGUGGUGGCCUUCGUGGCAUCCAUUCUGCUGGGGUUGGAUUACGGACUCCUGGUGGCCAUUACAUUUGCUAUACUCACAGUCAUCUACAGAACACAAAGCCCUAAAAGUGUUAUCCUCGGGCAAAUCUCCGACACUGGACUUUACUACGACACUGAGGAAUAUGAAGAGGCUGCAGAAUGCUCAGGAAUUAAGAUUUUCCACUCCAAUUCUUCGAUCUACUUCGCCAACAGUGACCAGUACGUGAGCACUCUGAAGGAAAAAACAGGCGUCAAUCCCGCUCAGCUGCUGGCUGCGAGGAGAUCCCAGCGGAAGCGGUUGAAAAAGAGAGGAGACAAGAAACGCUCGCAUCGCAGCCCCGAGCAGAAGAAGGAAACGGUAGUUAAACUGGAUACAGAGUUCGGCGUGAGUCACGAAGUGGUGCACGAAUCUCAGACAGAAGUGGAAUCGCAAGUUAACGGACGACUCGCCGAGGCCGAGUCGGACACCGAGGAGGAUCGCUUCCUCCAGCCGCUCUGUCCCGUCCACUCCAUCAUCCUGGACUUAACGUCCGUCAACUUCAUGGACUCUGUAGGAGCCAAAGCUAUUAAAUCUGUUAUCAAGGAGUUUGCAGCCAUAGAUGUGAAAAUCGUGCUCGCCGGAUGCAGCCGGAGUCUACUGUCUGAUCUCAGGACUCUGCAGUUCUUCAGCGAUCCCGUGACCCUGGACAUGGUCUUUCCCACCACCCACGAUGCCGUGCUGCACUGCCAACACGCCAGGCUGCUCUCCCCCGGGCCUGCCCUGCCAGCCAGCGAGCACACAGGAAACAGGAAGUGCUCUUCUGAAGGGCAGGAAUGACCAGCGUUUUAUGAGUACAAAAGCAUUUAGAAGAACUAGGACCUAGAGACGUUGAGCACUUUUCUAUCUGUAACAUCGCCUGCCUUUAAACUCCUCUCGCGUCUGCGUGAGUAAAACACGUUCUCUACGAACACAACACUGCACUCGGGUACACACACGGAUGUGGACUCGGACUCGGACUCCUACUUCUUUAGCAAUCCGAUGUAUGUUUGGUUUUUUUGACAGAAUGCACUCUUUGGGGGAAAACUGAGUUUUAAGGUGUUUUCAUACUUGGUUUGUUUUUGUUUUUGUUUUUUUCUCCCCUCAAUCACUAGCCAUGUGCAGAUGUUGUACAUGUAACCCUGUGAGAGAAGCUUUAAGCGGCUUUAUUUGGUGACCUUUUUAAUUAAUCAGUUUAUAAUAAUAAUAAUAAUAAUAAUAAUAAUAAUAAUAAUAAUAAUAAUAAUAAUAAUGUGACUAUACUGCUGAAAGACACGAUAGAAACCCUCAUAGAAUUUUCUAAUGGUUUUAAUGGAAACUACAACAGUCCCUGCGGGUGUCUACUGGUAAUUCCUUGCCUUCUAUCGGUGGCAUGUUAUGUCUAGUGGAUACCAUUAAGGACCUGUAAUGGUUUUACUGGUUAGCUAAUAGCUUGUUAUUUGUAGUGGAAACCAUUAGAAUUUCAUUUCUGUGAUGGAUUCUAUUGUUUUUAUUUCGGUGCCAUUUUAUUUAAACGAUUAUUUAAAACGUGACCAAAACCAAACCAAAAAUAUUAGUAAUAGCAAAACAUUCAGACGAAGGAACGACGACUUUAAUAACCAAGCGUAUAAGGAAAUAAAUGACUCGUUCACGUAUUCCUUCCCCGUCACACUUCUCCGACUUUUGACUGACGUCAAGCGCUUCUCUACCUCCUGACCAAUCAAAUCGCAGCACAAAGUGCCAGUGAGUGAAUACGAGGAGAUUUACACCGUGUCGAAACGAUCUUUAUUUCAUCCGUGUUACUGAGAAUCGACUCCAGAGCGUACGCUAACGGACACCGGGGACGCUGAAGGGCGUUGCUAUGGUUACAGUGUCUGGUUCUUUACUUCCUGACGUGUAGAUUUAACGUGUGAGGAAAAACAAAAGCUCGGAAGCUGUUACAGUGUUAUAGUUUAUAGUCGAAAUGCUGGUGAAGAUCAAAUUUUCUAUUUAAGAUGCUUGUGUGUGUGUGUGUGUGUGUUUUGUACUUUUCCCUGGAUUUCGAUUUCCAGGGAGCAGGUCCAGAGAGACUGUGUUAUAAACGUAAGUUAUUGUAUGUUUAUUCAUCUGCCAAAAAAAUCCAGACUGAUUGAUACUGUUAUGAAAUUGUUCAAAUUAUUCUUCACAUUUGUUUCAUGUAUUAUUGUGAAUGUUAAAAAUAAAAGUGGUGUGUGUGUGUGUGUGUGUGUGUGGG